AUGAGCUUUGUCAACAACUUUCUCUCACACCUGUCCUCAACUGCCAGGAUUUUCUCGGGACUGAAGGCUGCUGAUGGUACAUCGUCCUGCCCUACAGUCCUGCAGCAGGAUGGCUACUUUCAAGUACCCAUUCCAACAAGAGCAACUCCCCAUACUCUGAACAGCCUCUGCCUGUCUCCUGAACCUGCCUCUUUCCCCAGGAUAUUAACUAUGACAAAGACCAUUGAGGAGGUUCUUCUCCAGCACCUUAUUCAGAUGAAGCUGGACAUCGCCUAUGUCAUCAACAGGCCUUUCCCCUUCUUAGAUUUCUUCCGAAACUACGGCUUCGUCACUGAAAAAAUGUACAAGGAUUCUCAGGAAGCCUGUGAGAAUCUGGUCCCUGUAUCUAGAGUGGCAUACAAAGUUCUCACCCAUCUGGAGCGGACUUUCCACCCGUCACUGCUACUGAAAUUGUUCGAUGAAGACAACUUAAGCAAAUACCCCAACCGGCAGGCAAUUUUCAGAAGCUUCGAAAAUGGUAAGUUGGUUUCUCCAAAAACCUUUCCAUGUGCAGUAUUAUAA